CAGCCCCGACCGAGCCGGCGCCGCGAGCCAAGGGCCGCCCGAGACGGUCCCCGGAGAGCCACCGGAGGAGCAGCUCACCUGAGAGACGGAGCCCCGGCUCGCCCGUGUGCAGAGUGGACAGGCCAAAAUCACAGCAAGUUCGAACUUCCAGUACAAUAAGGAGAACCUCUUCUUUGGAUGCGAUAACAGGACCUUACCUCACUGGGCAGUGGCCACGAGAUCCUCAUGUUCACUACCCUUCAUGCAUGAAAGAUAAAGCGACUCAGACUCCUAGCUGUUGGGCAGAAGAGGGAGCAGAGAAAAGGUCACAUCAACGUUCUGCAUCAUGGGGAAGUGCUGAUCAACUAAAAGAGCAGAUUGCCAAACUGAGGCAGCAACUGCAGCGCAGUAAACAGAGCAGUCGUCACAGUAAGGAAAAAGAUCGGCAGUCACCUCUCCACGGCAACCAUAUAACAAUCAGUCAUACUCAGGCUACUGGAUCAAGGUCAGUCCCCAUGCCACUUUCAAAUAUGUCUGUGCCAAAAUCAUCUGCUUCACGUGUGCCCUGCAAUGUAGAAGGAAUAAGUCCGGAACUGGAAAAGGUAUUCAUUAAAGAAAAUAAUGGGAAGGAAGAAGUGUCCAAGCCUUUGGACAUUCCGGAUGGCCGAAGAGCUCCACUCCCUGCUCACUACCGGAGCAGUAGCACUCGCAGCAUAGACACCCAGACUCCUUCUGUCCAGGAGCGCAGCAGUAGUUGCAGCAGUCAUUCACCCUGUGUAUCCCCCUUUUGUCCACCCGAAUCCCAAGAUGGUAGCCCUUGCUCAGCAGAAGAUUUACUAUAUGAUCGUGAUAAAGACAGUGGGAGUAGCUCACCGUUACCCAAGUAUGCUUCAUCUCCCAAACCAAACAACAGCUACAUGUUCAAACGGGAGCCCCCCGAGGGAUGUGAGCGAGUGAAGGUCUUUGAGGAAAUGGCGUCUCGUCAGCCUAUCUCGGCCCCUCUCUUUUCAUGUCCUGACAAAAACAAGGUUAAUUUCAUCCCAACCGGGUCAGCUUUCUGUCCUGUAAAACUUCUAGGCCCGCUCUUGCCUGCCUCUGACUUGAUGCUCAAGAACUCUCCUAACUCUGGCCAGAACUCAGCUCUGGCAACUCUGACGGUUGAGCAGCUCUCGUCUCGGGUUUCCUUCACAUCUCUUUCCGAGGACACCAGCACAUCAGGCUCCCCAGAGGCUUCUGUCCAACAGACACCCCAGCAGCAGCAACUCCUUCAGGACCCGCAGGCUGAGGAACACAUCUCUGCUCAGAACUACGUGAUCAUAUAAAGCAGAGGGGGAGCCGGCCUCCACCCAUACACUAUGAAGGGGAACGAGAUCUCAGACAUCUAUCUGCAUGGAGCGACAAACUUUCUCAACACACCAAUACAAACUUAGCAUUAUAACGUAUCUCUUAACACUGAUCUUGGCAGGGACGGAACUCCUUUUCAGCAGUUUUUGUGGAAAGCAGUAAUGCUUGCAAAAUGUGUAUGUCAUUCAGCAUUUUAAGUGGAGACUAUGCAUUUCAUUGUAUGUUGGACAGAUUAGUACUGUGUCCUGUGUUUUGUUCCAAAUUCUUCAGUAUAAAUAAGCUCUAUAUCAAAAGUUGCCUGUCUAAAUAGAAAAUGUCUUGCUGUGUUUUGUCCUAUGGAAAAUACUGUACUUCAGGAUUAUGUUUACAAUUGAUCCAGGUGUUUGUUUCUAACUUCUGUAAUACAUACAAUGCAAAAAAAAAUGGCCACAACAGUUGCACAGUGCCCACCCUAUGGCCUAGCUUCAGGUACUUCAGUUGAAGUCUAAACUCAGGUAACUUGGAAUGUAUAUCAUAUUGGGAUACUAAAUAUUUCACAGCUAAAAAGCUAAAGAGGGAACAUCACUCUUUUGCCUUUCCUUAUUUUAUGCAUUUCCCUUUCCUCAUUACAUUCCACAUUCUUAGAAUUAGAAGUGCAUUCAACUCUAGGAGAAUGAUAAUCCUGGACAUGGGUGAACGUGAGAAGAACCAGCAAAUCUGUGGUGUGUGACAUCACUUUGUCAUGUGGUUACCAGUAAAACAACUGUUGUAUUCACUGUUUCAACAUGUGUAUAUGUGGCUUUUUUAAAAGUUCAGGUGUUGCUCAGUUAAUGACUGUUACAGUGUUGCAAAUGAAAUGUUGCGUACUAGACUGUACAUGAACAUUCCAUAUUGUAUGUGAUGGAAUUUAAAGACAAGAAUGUCUAGGGUCUAAUUUCCAAACAAGUGAAGUUUCACAGGGGAUGGUUAAGGUUUUUCUUGUUUAGAUUGGCCAUCAGGAUCAUAAUUGCUACCAUUUUUAUCUAAAGGCAUAUUAAUAGUUUCACCUUGACAAGUUCCCUAAUUUUCAGGUUAUUGUUUUCCUCGAGCAGUUUCUGUGCAUGAAUUUUCAUCACAUAGAAUUCAUAGGUCUCAGAAUUGAUACAGCAUAAGUGAAUAGGCUGGUUGGUGACUUGCAGAAGCAAUAGUUUGACAUCUCAUUUAAGCCUCACAUACAUUAUCAUGAAUAGUGUUGUUAAGAUUUUGAAUGUGUGAAGUAGAGUUUGAACCCAGGUGAAUACCCUUGAACUUGAAGACUUGAUAUAAGUUCUCCAUAAAGUGUGCAGAAGCCCCUAGAUAAAGGUCAGUGGGAGAGCCUGACUUUCGGACAUUGUUUUCUGCGGAAUAGAGAGUAUCCAAAAGUAAAGGGAAGCUUUUGUAUUUGUAUUUCAUUGUUUUCAUUUCAGCAAAACCUAGAGUUGUCUCAUUUGUACCGAAAGUGUAUGGCACAAUACUUUCUUAUAAAUUGAGGGAACAAGAUGCCUAUAGUUAAGAGGAAUGUUUCAGUUCCUGUCAGUCAUUCCUGAGUUUUCUUUGAUUUGUCUAUUUUCUAAGGAGGAUAGAAGAUAAGGGUGAUAGAGAAGAAAGUAACACCAUUUUUUAAAGAGAGAGAGAGAGAGAGAGAGAGAGAGAGUGUGUGUGUGUGUGUGUGUGUGUGUGUGUGUGUGUGUGUGUUAUGUGUGUUGAAACCCUGUGUAUUACUUUGUCAUGAUCCCAAUUCUCUUCUUUCCACCAAAGUUUGCAGUAAUAUUCUCUCCAGAAAGUGCAUUCUGGCUCCUUUAAAGCAGUCAGUGUUAUAUCUGAAGGAGACUGUCAUGGAGAAAAGGACUCAGUUUACUUUGCCGUCUUCACAGGGGAACCUUUAAAACUAUCUUAGCAGCAGCAGCAGAUACCUUUAACCCUAAUAAUCUCAGGCCUUGAUGAAAAUACUCUAUUUUGUAGAUUAUGGUUAAAGGGAGAAAAUUACUAGUUCCGUAAGAUAAAUAUGAGCUCCAUUUAACUUCUGAUAUCUGGUUUAGCAUUCCAUGAUGUGUUGAAUUUAUGCUCUGCUUUUGUCCAAAUAAGCUGCAAUAGUAUCAAUAUCAGUUCUAGAAAGUUAGACACAACAUGCUUUUUUGGUGAUGAAAUCUGAUGUACGAUAUUUAUGGUGACAUGUGCUUUUAUUUUUCUCAUGAGAAACUAAAUAUGAAUUGUGUUGUACAUUUGUUCUUAGCAUAUAUUAAAGUUUUGAACCAAAUGUGUUAAAGAUUAUGCUUUGUCAUGUAAAUUUCCUGGAAGUUGUUGAGCUCAAAUGUAUCCUACAUCCAGCUGUAGAAAUUUGUCAGAAAUUGUUUAAAUUUUUUGUAUAUAGUUGUACUGUUUAAUUUUAGCCACUGAGCUGAACAGUAUUCGAGUUAUCAUACAAUAUUGGCUUUACACAAGGAAAAGUGUGGCUUCUGUUUUGUAUUUUUUCAGUAUAGAAGUUCCUGUGUCUUAUUUAAAUAAAGUUAUUAGUAAAACUGGAA